AUGGGCUCAAUCAAGGAAGUUAGUGCGCACACUGAGCAUAGCUCCGAGAUGUCUACCUCUCACGAGGAGCAUAAAGAAACUGAUCCUGUCACUGUCCUUUCGGCAGCUCAGGCGGUUGAAAGUCUUGAUUAUAUCAAGCCUUCCCCGUGGACGCCGAGUAUGUUUCGCCUUUACGCCGUUCUCUUGUGCGCUUAUCUCGGUGCAUGUACCAACGGCUUCGAUGGUUCAGUCAUGGGAGGAUUGAACGCCAUGACUUCAUAUCUUCAAUACUUCCAUAUGGAAUCGGCUUCUGCUUCUACUGGCCUCGUGUUUGCCAUUUACGGAAUUGGAACGAUCUGUGCCCUCCCCUUCGUUGGUCCCGUAAACGAUCGUCUCGGCCGACGUGCUGGCAUGUUCACCGGAGCAACCAUCGUCAUCAUCGGCGCCAUUGUUAUCGCGAAGUCGCUCACCACUGGCAUGUUCUUAGGCGGACGCUUUAUCCUGGGAUUCGGGGUUGCUUUUUGCAACAUCAGUGCACCAGUUUAUGUCGGCGAAAUAGCUCACCCGUACUGGCGUGGAACGCUCAUGGGGAUCUACUCAAGCCUUGCGGGUAUCGGUUCCAUUAUGGCCACUUGGGUCGUGUAUGCUGCUCAGUUCUUAGGGCCGAGCGGAUGGCGUAUCCCUCUCUGGUGUCAGUUGAUCUCAAGCGGCCUUCUCUUCGCCUUUGUGUGGACUUUACCCGAAAGCCCACGGUGGCUGGUUGCGCAGGGACGACUUGAAGCUGCGCGAAAAGUAUUGAUACGCUACCACGGCGAAGGAAAUCCCGAGCAUCCCCUCGUCAAGUUAGAGAUGGCCGAAAUGGAGGCUCAAAUUUCGAGCACCGGAUCCGAUAAGAGAUGGUGGGAUUAUAGCGAGCUCUGGAAGACCCGUGCUGCGCGUCGCCGGUUGCUCUGUGUAUUGACCAUGGCUACCUUUGGACAGUGGUCAGGAAGCUCGCUUACAAGUACCUAUUUACCCGUUAUGCUCCAAAAUGCCGGAAUUACCUCUCAGCAGAAGAAGCUGAUGCUAAACGGAAUCUUUACCGUUCUUACAUUUCUUGCCAAUCUUUGUGGAGCCAGGCUAAUGGAUAAGGUUGGGAGAAGACCGCUCCUGCUCGGCACGCUCUCCUUCUGCGUCGCAUGUUUUGCGAUCAUCAUUCCGACCUCGAAGUACGCCACUGAGAAUCCGGAUAACUCGGCUAUCGCAAACACUUCUAUUGCUUUCAUUUACCUAUUCGGCCUCAGUUGGUAUUUGGCAUGGGCUCCUCUUUCGCCCAUGUAUAUCGUUGAGGUGCUUGACACGAACACGAGAGCUAAAGGGAAGUCCCUGGCUCAGCUUUUCACUGCGGUUGCUUCAACUGUCAUCACAUACGCCUCUUCACCGGCAUUUGCGGCAUUGAAAUACUACCUCUAUGCUAUUUUUAUUGGAUGGGAUAUCAUGGAACUUGUUGUUAUAUACUUCUUUUGGCCUGAGACUAGAGGCCGCACACUCGAGGAGCUCGAGGAGGUCUUCUCGGCACCGAACCCAGUUAAGAAAAGCUUGGAGCCGAAGACUUCUCAGACAGUCAUGAACGCCAUUCACGCUGGUAAAAGGGACGUGGAGAUGACAGAGAACACCAAUGCUGUCUAG